UGAUGUACUAUUAUCAAUUUGCUGUCUGCUGCUCUGGUCUGAUGCUGGGUGUAGGAUGACUGAUUUAAAUGAGCUAUUUAACCAGAUUCUUCACUCUGAACAGAAGUUCAAAGCAAGAGUCGAUGAGCUAAGACUUGUUGGAGAUAAGGUGGAGAGAUGCCAGUCUUGCAUUCACCAAGUCCGAGAGGAUAUUCAACACAAUCGAGGAAAACUAGCUAUGAAGAUGAACAAGCUUGCCGACGGAGAAGCGGAGAUGCAAAUCUUUCAGAUCAGAAAAGAUAUCCUAACAAGUCAGAGAGACACUUUGUUUGAGGCCAAACGGAUUGAUUCUCUGAAAGCUCUUGAAGCUGAAAAGAAAUAUGAGUCGGAGCAGACUGAAUUCAUUGAGGAGUUGACAAAAUUUAGCCAAUACUAUGACCUGCUGGGCUCUGGAGUUAGACACAGAGAUAAGGACUUAAAGAAAGAACAGGCUCUUCUUCAAGAUGAGAUUUUACUACUAGAAGCAGAGUUAGUGGAAAUCCAAUGUCAACAGGAGGAAGUCAAUAAGUAUCAAUGUGUGCUGUCCGAAACUGAAAACAAGUUAUUUGAUGUCAGCGAUGAGCUUGAAUUGAACAAAGCUGAAGAGGAUAUAAAGAAGGAGAUAUUCGCUCUUGAUCAGGAGAAAGUGUCGAUGGAUCAGUCACUUUGCCAAGAGCCUGAGUUUGUUCGACUUCAGAGAGAACUUGAAUCAUGCAAAGGGUCUACCGGAGAUAUGAUAUGUCAGCAACUCUCAGAGGAGCAGGAUGAGCUCCAACGCCAAUACUACCACAAACAGAUGAAACAACGAAUGACUGACAAGAAAUUUGAUACUCAACAUUCAACAGCAAGUUCGUCUCGUAGCAGUGGACAUUAUAAUCCCUAUACUUUGCGGUACAUCCCAGCACCGAACUCUGAGGAACCUCCUACUUCUGCAAUGGACUCUAAACCGUAUGGCACAGAAAUGGACAAGUUGACAAAUGUUGGCGAUGAUGAUAGUGCUACAGGGUGGGGUAUGGAAGUUGACGAAGAUGACAUCACAUUCUCUGAUAAUGAAGUAUUUCAAGAGGCUGUAACAGUAAAAGUUCAAAAAAGUGCUUCAAAGAAACAGCUACCUCCUUCUAACUUUACCAAGCUGCCUUCUGUGACUACUUCAAACCGUGACUUUAAACGAGCAAGCUCAUCAGUUUCAAACCAACAGUCGACAACCACAACCAAACAAAGCACAGUCACCAAAGAGCCCACAGCAGCAAGUGGCUCAAAAGUUCCCCGUCUCUUAGAGCCUUCGGUAAACUCGAUCCUACAACCACAGCAGGUGCCAAAGAGUCGGGGAAUCUCCAAUUUCAGGUCCGCUGGAGCACAAGACUCUGAACUACCCAGAGGAGCCAAAAAAGUUCGAUUUCAUUACUAAACAUUGACUGCAUUAUAAAAAGACGUGCUAAUAAUUUAUCAUAAUUAGUGUAAUUAUACUGGUUUGCGUAAUAAAUAUCUAUCUAUGAAGUUUAAGUUUCUUAUAGUAAUGGUUCUAGGCAGUUGG